AUGAUCAUCGAAAGAAGUGCCAGUCUAAGCCUUGUGACCCACCAGUGUUCCUUAUCAAGACUGGACAGUUUUCACAGCUCUGUGCUGAUACAGGCUGACCCAGACAGCGUCAUCAUACAGACCUGGGACGAAGGCGGACUCUACAAUAAUUGGACACUCAUUUUCAGAGCACAGGCGGGAAACUCUCUGUCUGUCUACGAUGCCUGGCUCAACAACAGCGUUCAGCACCACUUUCCCUGGCAGUAUGACGUACCUCUGGGAUGUACCCAGUUCCGGACUGACCCGCCGUGUGACCAGACGUUCAGGAGCAGCAUCUUGAGUAACUGGGAAGCCAGCAAAAUCUCAGAGGUGAAGAUAGCGCUGUACAAAGACGGAGUGGAGCAGCACCACAUCAUCUUCAACGCCUCGUCCACCAACUUCACAUCCUGGUUCUCACGAGACAGGAUCCUGGACUCGUCCUGGGACGACCCCGAGAACGCCACAUUGUUCACCAUGGAAGGCACACCGACCCUGACCACCACCAACCCUCGCCGGUUCAUCAUCUACGGACCUUACAGAGGCUGUCCUGCCGACUACGGCUGGAUGCUGGUGGUGGACUCUCCCCUGGACAACUGUCCCACCAUCUUGUCCCACACGCCCACCUGGCCACGAUUUGUUUAUUCCACGGCCACGACCCGAGUCACGUGGUCUGUGGGCGGCGCGGAUGUCGGAUACGCUGAAGUGUUGGCCGUCUUUGUGAAACUGACGUCACGUUGAGUGGGAUUUUCCCCCCUUUUUUGUCGUCAUUGAGGCUUCUAAACACAACAUUUUUCUUUAAUCUCUCUAGUGAUUCAUCAACUGUUUGAAAGUUUUGUAGUUCUUCAAAAGGAGAAGAGAAUGCAAGUUGAUUUUCAAGACACCAACAUUUAGACAAUGAAUCAACCUAUUGGGUAUUGUGGUUGAAUACCUUGGAUUAUUAAGAAUUGGUGUGAUAAGAGCCAUGAAUAAGAUCUGCCAACCGUAUACAACUUUUAGGAAGAGCUUGCUCUGCCGACAAACUUUACAUCUUUUCUCGCUUAUUUUUUGGAGUUUCGAAUAUCAAAGAAGUUUAAUCCAUCUUAUUGUUAUUAUCAUAUUUAGGCCUAUACUUCUUGGCAUGCAAUAUUGUCACGGAGAGGUGACCUAUAACUCUUUCGACCAAUUCUACUGAUAUUCUCUCUAACACGAUCAAUUCUGAUGAAAAUUAAAUCCUAAAGUCUUCACGAGACGACCUCGAGAACGCCACAUAGUUCACCAUGGAAGGCACACCGACCCAGACCACCACCAACCCUCGCCGGUUCAUCAUCUACGGACCUUACAGAGGCUGUCCCGUCGACUACGGCUGGAUGCUGGUGGUGGACUCUCCCCAGGACAACUGCCCCAUCAUCCUGUCCCACACGCCCACCUGGCCACAAUUUGUUUAUUCCACGGCCACGACCCGAGUCACGUGGUCUGUGGGCGGCGCGGAUGUGGGAUACGCCGAAGUGUUGGCCUCUUUGUGAAACUGGCGUCACGUUGAGAGGGAUUUUGUUUCUUUUCUUUUUUUCUUUCUUUUUUUCUUUCUUUCUUUCUUUUUUCUCUCUGUUUUUCUUUCUGUCUUCCUUUUUUCUUUCUAAAUAUGUUUUCUUAUUUUAUUUUGGUUGUGGCUGAGGCUUGUGAAUACAUCCUAUUUCUUCAAU